AUGCCAUCUCGGAUCUCUUUGCCUCCAUCAUCAGAUCUCUUCGUCGGAAAUUUGGGUUACGAUGUUGAUAGCCAAGCCCUGGUACUGUUGAAAUCGCUGAGUUUAUGUUAUUAUUCUAAGCUCUCACUUGUAUUCAAUUCAAGUAGUAGCAUGUCUGAGAACAUCACUGAGCAAAUGUGUUGGUUGGUCAAUCUGACAAUACAUAGAGCUGCUGGGCCACAGCUGAGAGCAGCGUGCUAUGAGCUCUCUGAAGUUCGUCCUGGAGUCCGUUGUCCAUUAGGUGAAGCAAGAAUCACUCCGGGUUUUAACUUGCCUGCAUCCCGUGCCGUUGGACCUAUCUAUGACUCAGCUGUCAACCCUGAAGAAUCCCUCUCCAAUUCUUACAGAAAUAGUAUGAGAGUGGCUAAGGAAAACAACAUCAAGUACAUUGCAUUUCCUGCCAUAUCUUGUGGGAUUUACGGAUAUCCUUUUGAUGAAGCAGCUCUGAUCGGGAUAUCAACCAUCAAAGAGUUUGCCAAUGACUUUAAAGACUCUGAUUUCUUGAGGGUCAAAACAACCGUGGAAACUAGAAGAGCCAAUGAAAUGCACGGCCUUUUCAGGACGCUUACUGACAACAUGAUUGUGGAUAAGAAGAUUAAAAUUUUAGAUAAAGAAGAAGUUAACAAUAGUCAUAGUGAGUGGAUAUGACAAGUGUGAGAUUGGGCAGUUUGCUGCUACGGUAAAGAAGUGGAGGCCGGCAGAGCCGUACAAGGCUAAUGGAGUGUCCUAUUCUGAUGAGAUUGUUCAUAGGAAGAAAGGAAAAAGAUAGGAAAAAGAACUGAUCUUUGAUAUUGUUAGCUACUUAUCUAUAUCUAUGUCUCUUUAUCUUAAUGCUGAUUCGGUGUAUGAAAAAUGUU